AAUUUUGAACUAUGCUGACAGCUACCUAAGGAAGCUAAAGACCUCGCCAAGAAGCUCAAGGAAAUCACCAGACAGAAGAACGACGACAUCCGCUCCCAGCAAUUUGAGACGGUAAUCUUCUCGUCUACAGGUCAACCUGAAAUGCACACCUUAUAGGAGGACGCUAAUUAUCUGAAUGGUUAUAGGCCGGAGAGCUUCGCAGCCAAAGGCUGGAGCUCAAAAUCAAGAUCAUGUCGCUGGUGGACAAGAGCAAUGAGGUGAGCAAGGCAGAGGUGGAGUCGGGAGCGUCGGCUGGCCCAAUGGUGACGAAGGCGGACAUCCAGCACAUCGUCGCAUCGCGGACCAGCGUCCCCGUGGAGAAGGUCUCCGUGGACGAGUCCAACCAGUCGUUCAAGAUGGAGGAGACCCUGCACGGGCGCGUCACCGGCCAGGACGAGGCCGUCAGGGCCAUAGGCUGCGCCAUCCGCCGUGCGCGCGUUGGGCUCAGGAACCCCAACCGGCCGGUGGCCAGCUUCAAUUUCGCCAGCCCGAAGGGCGUGGGCAAGUCGGAGCUGGCCAAGGCGCUGGCAACCAGCUACUACGGCUUAGAGGAGGCAAUGGUCCAGCUGGACAUGAGCGAGUUCAUGGAGCAGCACACGGUGGCCAAGCUCAUCGGCCCCCCUCUCGGCUACGUCAGCUGCGGACGAGUCGAAGGCAAGGAUGACGGCUCGAAGAUAAGGCUCGUGAGGAAGGCAGCUGGAGAGGGCAGAGGGGAGAUAUGGUGGCGGCGGCUGGAGAUGGCGAAGGGGAGAGAUGCUGCUCCUCUUCCUCUGGGCAACCCUCAUCUCGAGAGCCGUCGGUGCCAUGAGAGGGCUCCUCCGCCCGGAUCCAGGCGCAACGAGGGUCACUGGAGGAGCGGCGAGGCGAGCUCGGGACGGGCCUCCUGCGGCGGGGUUCGUCUGCGGGGGAGAGAGAUGGGUGUCCACGAGUGGAGCGCUGCCGCCUGCGCGCACUGGCCGGCCUGCACUUGA